ACCUACCUCUCCCACUACUCCACCACCAACAACCAUGUCUCGCGAACAAUACCAAGUCCCCAACAUGGGCGCCCAGAACGCCUUCAGUGGCGGUGACGCUGGCGCCGGGUCUCUGGACGGUCCGGUGGUCGCGUACCUGUGCGGCGAAUGCAAUUCCCGUGUUUCUUUGAAGAGAGGAGAUCAGAUCCGGUGUAAGGAGUGCGGUCAUCGGGUUUUGUAUAAGGAGAGGACGAAGAGAAUGGUUCAGUUCGAGGCGCGGUGAACCGGUUUUUCAUUCGAUGCGAUGCGAUAAGAUUCGGUGUGGUGUGAUGUUAUGGGAGGAGAGGGGCUGGGCUUGCGCCUGGUUCUGAUUGCGUUUACAAUGAUGUGCAUUUGGUGGCGCUUGGGAGUUUCUUUUCUGUUGCUUGUUUUGUUGGUUGGGUUGGAGGGGUAGGAGGCAGAUGGAGGAAUGUGCGAGUGGCUUUCUUGUCGAGGACGGAUGCAGUUUGCUUUGGAGUCAUCACCUUGUCCAGGCAAUUAAUUCGUAUCUGCAAGGAUUAUACCAUGACUUCGUCAUAGCCAAUGCGCGUUGGCGGUUACAACUACCCUAUACUAUCUAUAAAUACCCAAAAUUCCUAUAUUCAAGCCGUGGCUUUUCAUUUUGGCGACGGAGUGCUGGAAGAACAAAGAAACAUGAGAAG